AUGCUGGUCAACCGCAUCGCUUUGAAGCUCGACAGCGAGACCCGCAAGGCAUGGGAACUGGAUCAAGUUUCAACGACUCUACCCAGCUACGAUGAAACUUUGGAUUUCCUACGCGAAAGGUGUCGCGUUCUUGAAAAGAUUCGUCCCCUCACCAAGCCACCAGUGAAACCUCCAUCGAAACUCCAGCUUCGUAGCUCCGCAGCGUCCCAGGUCCGGACGAGUUCUUUGGUCACCACGACGGAUACUUGCCCACAAUGUUCCGAAAGUCAUGAGUUGUGGAAAUGUGACACCUUCAAAAAGGCUGGCAUCGCUGAUCGGUAUGACACACUCCGCCGGGUCGGCGCCUGCUUCAAUUGUUUGCAGAAGGGGCAUCGCACGACUGACUGUUCGUCCAAGCGUUCGUGUAAAAAAUGCAACAAACGUCACCAUACUACGUUGCAUCCAGCUGACAGCCAGCAAAGGAAGCCAGAAGAUUGUACGUCCGAAGGUUCGCAGCACGGUCCGCAGCCAAAGCCCGAGAAAAAAACGACACCACCACCACCAGCACAAGCAGCUGCAGAAUCCGUCGGUACAGAGGUGCAAGCUGCGCUCUGUACUCAUCCAAAGGGAACAGGAAAGCAAGUUCUACUUUCAACAGCUGUAGUUCUUGUUUACGGAAGAGCUGAUGUCUACCCUUGCAGAGUCUUAUUGGAUUCGGGUUCCCAUUCCAAUUUUGUCUCGGAACACUUCGCAACUCUGCUUUCGUUGAAAAAGGAACCGGCCAACGUUAUGAUCUCUGGACUGAACGACAUCAAUACAACUGUUCGAUUGAAGAUUCAUACGAAGAUCAAAUCUCGUAUAAGCGAUUUCACGGCGUGCCUUGAAUUCUUCAUAGUACCCAGAAUAACAGGAAAUUUGCCCCUGUCGAAAGUGAGCUGCACCAGCUUUACGAUCCCGAACGACAUCCAGCUCGCAGAUCCGAACUUCAACAUUCCUGACAGGGUGGACAUGCUCCUUGGUGCUGAGGUAUUUUUCGAGAUGUUGAAGUCAGGUCGUAUGUGGAUCCCGAACACCAAUGCCGUUCUACAGGAUACCCAGUUCGGUUGGGUGUUAAGCGGACCGAUUCCAAGCAAGGUGUCGGAGAAGCAACAAUCGUUUUUCAUCACCGCUGAAGGUACCCUCAACGAAAUUGUACGGAUUUUCUGGCAAAUCGAAUCGUGUUGCGAACCCGGAGAGAAACUCGUAGCGUCGGAUGCGGUUUGCAUCGACCAUUUCCGUGAAACACACAGCCGUACCGCUGAGGGCAGGUACGUGGUUCGCCUGCCAUUCAACGAUGUGAAGGACCAACUAGGUGAUUCGAAGGCUAUGGCAGAGAAACGUUUUCUUGCCCUAGAGAAGCGACUGGAUAAGACUCCAGAAGUUAAAACGCAGUAUAUUUCCUUUUUGAGAGAAUAUGAGAUGCUUGGUCACAUGACGCUGAACGAGGAGACAGAAAUCGACGAGCUUAAUUCGGCGUACUACCUACUAGAGAUGGUCGGCAGCACAACAACUCGGCUUCGUGUUGUGUUCGAUGGCUCGGCGCAGAGCGACACUGGAGUCAGCAUUAACCAAACCCAAAUGGUCGGUCCAUCGGUGCAGAACGACCUCAUAUCGAUACUGUUGAACUUCCGAUCGCAUAAAUUCGCAUUCGCUGCCGACAUCCCAAAAAUGUAUCGGCAGGUCGAGGUCCACAAAGACGAUGUCCGUUACCAAAGGAUACUCUGGCGGGAAAGUCAGGAUCAACCAAUCCGAAUCUACGAUCUACGAACCGUAACUUACGGCCUUGCAUCAUCCCCGUUCUUGGCGACAAUGGCACUUCGGCAACUAGCCGAGGACGAGAAGGAACAAUACCCGCUUGCUGCCGAGGCGGUCAUAAAAUCAUUCUACAUUGACGAUGCACUUACAGGAGCAAGCUCUCUGGACGAAGCGAUUGCACUCAAGGAUCAAAUCAUAGGACUACUGGAACAGGGAGGCUUCAAGGCGCACAAAUUCUGUUCAAAUUUGGAAGAAUUGCUGGCUACUGUUCCUGAAGAUCAACGAGAGAGCUGCGUAGACAUAACCGAUCCCACCGUAAAUGCGAUAAUGAAAACGUUGGGCGUCUCGUGGAAUCCCAAGGAAGACAGAUUCACGUUCGUCGUGCCAGGAAAUCCGAAUCGCGAGGCUCAAUUGACGAAACGAUUGAUUCUGAGUCAGAUUGCUCGAAUUUUCGAUCCGUUAGGAUUCGUAGGACCCGCAAUCACUGCAGCAAAACUCAUCUUGCGGGAACUCUGGAGUUUGAAUUUGGACUGGGACCAACCGGUUCCUUGUGAAUUGGCGAAGCUGUGGAUGGACUAUCGUGAUCAACUACACAGCUUGAACAAUGUGAAGAUCGAACGGUGGAUCCUUAGUGAUGGAGCUUGCGCACGCGAGCUCUGCGGAUUCGCUGAUGCGUCAGACAUGGCAUAUGGCGUCUGUCUGUAUGCUCGGACGCAAUGCAACGAUGGAACAGCGAAGAUGAUUCUGGUGUGCAGCAAGUCACGAAUUCUACCACGAAAGAAGAACAAGCAGAAGGAAAUUACAACUCCGAAGGCCGAAUUACUAGCAGCGUUGUUGCUCUCGCAGCUUACAGCAAAGGUACUGGCAGCCAUCGACAUCGAUUUCAGUUCUGUUAGAUUGUGGUCAGAUUCGCAGAUAGUUCUCUGUUGGCUGCAGCAGGCUCCGGAUGUACUGACGGUCUUCGUCGGAAACCGAGUUAGGCAGAUCCAGCUCUUGACCGCUGGUUAUACUUGGCAGUACAUUCCUUCGAGGGAAAACCCUGCGGAUCUGAUUUCCCGCGGCGUAGCACCAUCGGAAUUGAAAGGACGAAGGCUCUGGUGGAAUGGGCCUCCAAGCUUCCAGAACGCGCAGCCGCUUAUCGACCAGCCACCACCGCUUUCGGAAGAAGAGGUUCCGGAAAUGAGAAAGACCGUUCUCGUUUCUGCUACCGAACACUCGAGAUUACCGUUAUUUGAUCGGGUCAGUCGGUAUAUGAUCAUACAGCGAGCAAUGGCAUAUGUGAUUCGAUUCUGCGAUUACAUCAGAAGCGGUCGACAGCAGUUGACCAAGGGGCUACCGACAGCAUCCGAAAUGAAGCGAGCAUCAACCUUGAUUACGCGCUUAGUGCAAGCUGAAGUAUUCUUCCAGGAGCUACACGCAAUACGGUCCGGAAAUGACUACAAGCUGCCGUUUCAGAACAUGAAUCCGUUUAUCGACCCAAGCGACGGAGUUCUACGUGUUGGCGGACGAUUGAGGAACGCGGCCAUACCGUACGAGCAUCGUCAUCAAGCAGUCCUUCCAGAUAAACAUCCGCUAACAAUCAACUUGAUCCGGCACUUGCAUCGUACUAACUUCCAUCUUGGUCAACGAAGCCUGCUUGGAGUCGUCCGGCAACAAUACUGGCCACUGAAGGCAAAGAACAUCAUCCGAAGCAUAGUACAUCACUGCAUACCGUGUUUCCGGAUGAGACCCAAGAAAUCCACGCAACUGAUGGGAGAUCUUCCGGAUUACCGUGUCAAGCCGUCUCCCUUAUUCUCGCAUACCGGGUUGGACUUUGCGGGACCAUUCAACCUUCGAUCAAGCACAAUCUCUAGACAUCCGACAACCACGAAGGGAUACGUAUGCGUAUUCGUUUGCAUGGCCACGCGUGCUCUGCACCUUGAAGCUGUGUCGGAUUUGAGUUCGGACUCUUUCAUGGCCGCACUUCAGCGAUUUGUCAGUCGCCGAGGCCUGGUGCAGAAGCUGUAUUCAGACAACGCAACUAAUUUCGAAGGCGCCAACAACCACAUGUGUCGCUUAGCUGAACUGUUUCACGACGAGCAGCACAUUCGUGCUGUUAACGAAUACUGCGCACCAAGAGGAAUUGAAUGGUCAUUUAUUCCUCCUCGGAGCCCGCAUUUCGGAGGAAUCUGGGAGGCGGGAGUUAAAUCAGUGAAAUCGCAUCUGAAGCUAGUUUUCGCUGAACAUCGUCUGACGUUUGAGGCUCUGUCAACCGUCCUCGCACAGGUGGAAGCAAUUUUGAACUCCCGUCCUCUCACACCGGCUUCCGACGACCCCAAUGAUUUGAACGCCAUUACGCCAGCACAUUUCAUAAUUGGGAGAGAAUUCCAAGCCAUACCGGAACCUUCAUACGCCAGUAUUCCGCAAGGCUGGUUGUCGCGUUUGCAAUUCAUCCAGGAUUUGAAGCAGAAGUUUUGGAGAGUGUGGAUGAACGAAUAUCUGCACGAACUUCAGAAACGCCAACGAGAUUUGAAGGUCACCGAAUUCAAGGUUGGAGCCAUGGUAGUCAUCAUCGACGAGAACGCACCACCGUUGAAGUGGGCUCUGGCCCGCAUCAUUGAGCUGCAUCCGGGCAAGGACGGGAACACACGCGUGGUGAGCUUGCAAACCAAGAACGGCACUACCAAGCGAGCCGUGAAGAAGAUCUGCUUGCUACCACUAGACGACGAGAAGGACGACCAGAAGUUGGAAUCUUGA